UAAUGAAUGCCUUGAUAACCCCGCCACCAUCAUACCUACUUUUCUUGUUCUCGGUUGAUGUUCCUCAUUUCCUGGAGCACAACCUAAUCUCUUUUUCCUCGUCAAUUCCUCUGCUUUGGGAUGGCUUGUGAAACCGACAUAUGGUUGGUUAUGCUUCUUCUUUUCUUGGCUGCUAACUGCAUUCAACUUGGUGUCCAUGGGGUGUCCCAAGUGCCUUGCCUUUUUAUACUUGGGGACUCUUUAUCAGAUAGUGGAAACAACAAUCAUCUUCCAACCUCUGCAAAAUCCAAUUACAGACCAUAUGGCAUCGACUUCCCCACUGGACCAACUGGAAGAUUUACCAAUGGCCGGACAGAAAUUGACAUAAUCACUCAGCUUCUGGGAUUUGGGAAUUUCAUCCCACCCUUUGCAAACACCAGUGGUUCAGACAUACUUAAAGGUGUGAACUAUGCAUCGGGUGGAGCUGGAAUACGCAACGAAACCGGAUCACAUUUAGGCGGUUCUAUCAGCUUGGGAUUACAGUUAGCAAAUCACCGAGUCAUAGUUUCUGAAAUUGCUACCAGAUUUGGAAGUCCAGACUUUGCUCGACAAUAUCUUGAAAAAUGCUUGUAUUAUGUGAACAUAGGCAGCAAUGAUUACAUGGGAAACUACUUCAAUCCUCAGUUCUAUCCAACAAGCCGAAUUUAUAGCCUUGAGCAGUAUGCACAAGCUCUAAUUGAAGAGUUAUCUCUGAAUUUACUGGCUUUACAUGACCUUGGAGCAAGAAAGUACGUGUUGAAUGGUUUAGGCCUUUUCGGAUGCACUCCAAGUGUGAUGCAUUCUCAUGGGACAAAUGGAUCUUGUGUUGAAGAGCAGAAUGCUGCUGCACUCGAUUUCAAUAAGAAGCUUAAAGCUCUUGUGGAUCAAUUCAAUAACAGAUUCUCUGCUAAUUCCAAAUUCAUCACGAUACACACGGCAGCAAAGGCCGAUGCACAUGGGUUUUUGGUUUCUGAUGCUGCUUGCUGCCCAUUGGGGUGUAUUCCUGAUCAAAAGCCGUGCAAUAAUAGGAGUGAAUAUGUGUUUUGGGAUGACGUCCAUCCAACUGAGGCAUGGAACCUACUCAAUGCAAUCCCAGCUUAUGAUUCUAUCAUUGAUCCAGCUUUCGUUUAUCCAAUGGAUAUCAAACGCCUUGUUGACUGGGAAGCUAAGAGGGUAUUGGAGUUUACAAAUGGGGCAACUUCACAGCUCAGUGUCACCGAAUAGUUCUGGUUAUCAUGUACUUAUUCAUAAGGACCUGAAUUGCUUCUGAGUUGAAUAUGUAUGAAUGGCCUGCUACUUAAUUGUAAGACAAAGUGGAUUUAAUUAAGUGAGUAGAUUGCUUAUCCUCUGCC